AUGGACGCACCAUCAGGAAAGAGUCCAUCAUUUGUUGAACCGCUGAAAAGUCAGGCAGCUCCUGUCGACAGUGACGUUGUUUUCAAGUGCAAAGUUGCUGGCCAGCCAAAGUGCAAAGUUUCUUGGAAAAAGGAUGGAAUCGUUCUGGUUGAUGACAACAAAGUGCAAAUAACUUCGGAAGAUGAUGAUCAUACGUUAAAAUUACUCUCCGUUGUUGAAGCCGAUGGUGGCCAAUACACAGCAGUUGCAUCUAACGAUUUUGGAAGAUCAUCAUUCACUGCCACACUACUUGUUCACGAAGCGGGGAAAUCUGUGACAUUGGUGUCAUCAGAUGACGAUAAAUCAGACGAUAAAGUAUCAAAGAGUGUUUCAAUGGACACACCAUCAGGAACGAGUCCAUCAUUUGUAGAACCGCUGAAAAGUCAGGCAGCUCCUGUCGGCAGUGACGUUGUUUUCAAGUGCAAAGUUGCUGGCCAGCCAAAGUGCAAAGUUUCUUGGAAAAAGGAUGGAAUCGUUCUGGUUGAUGACGACAAAAUGCAAAUAACUUCGGAAGAUGAUGAUCAUACGUUAAAAUUACUCUCCGUUGUUGAAGCCGAUGGUGGCCAAUACACAGCAGUUGCAUCUAACGAUUUUGGAAGAUCAUCAUUCACUGCUACACUACUUGUUCACGAAGCGGGCAAAUCUGUGACACUGGUAUCAUCAGAUGAAGAUAAAUCAGGUAAAGUGACGAAGAUCGUUUCAGAUGACAGUUUACCAGGAACGAGUCCAUCAUUUGUUGAACCGCUGAAAAGUCAGGCAGCUCCUGUCGGCAGUGACGUUGUUUUCAAGUGCAAAGUUGCUGGCCAGCCAAAGUGCAAAGUUUCUUGGAAAAAGGAUGGAAUCGUUCUGGUUGAUGACAACAAAGUGCAAAUAACUUCGGAAAAUGAUGAUCAUACGUUAAAAUUACUCUCCGUUGUUGAAGCCGAUGGUGGCCAAUACACAGCAGUUGCAUCUAACGAUUUUGGAAGAUCAUCAUUCACUGCCACACUACUUGUUCACGAAGCGGGCAAAUCUGUGACACUGGUAUCAUCAGAUGAGGAUAAAUCAGGGAAAGUGACGAAGAUCGUAUCAGAUGACAAAUCACCAGGAACGAGUCCAUCAUUUGUUGAACCGCUGAAAAGUCAGGCAGCUCCUGUCGGCAGUGACGUUGUUUUCAAGUGCAAAGUUGCUGGCCAGCCAAAGUGCAAAGUUUCUUGGAAAAAGGAUGGAAUCGUUCUGGUUGAUGACAACAAAGUGCAAAUAACUUCGGAAGAUGAUGAUCAUACGUUAAAAUUAUUCUCCAUUGUUGAAGCCGAUGGUGGCCAAUACACAGCAGUUGCAUCUAACGAUUUUGGAAGAUCAUCAUUCACUGCCACACUACUUGUUCACGAAGCGGGCAAAUCUGUGACACUGGUAUCAUCAGAUGAGGGUAAAUCAGCAUGUGCAGACGCUAACACACUAACAAAUAGGUGCCAAUAUGUAUGUUUUUAUCCUUAUAUUAGAUUUGGUUUUGGUGCUUGGUUGAGGUUGGAGGCAAUAUCUUACCAGCUACAACUUUCUUCUUGA